ACAGGUGAUAGGAAAUGAAGGGUUUUUAACCGGAAGAAAUAGUGAGCGGAUAAUACCAAUAACGUUCCUCAGCAAGGUUCUGGUUCCCCUUAUGUUACACAAUUGUGUCAGUUGAUGAAACAUUUAGCAUUCAACAGGGUAUAAUUACAUUUUAAAGUAUAGAACUUUCUAGUUUCUAUCGCUAAAGCUACGUCAUUUUCAAUUUAGAGUUGGCUAUCCGAGAUGGAGUUAACGGGUUUAAAAAAAAAGAAUGCCGCGGGGUAUCGUGUCCGAAAUUUAUUUUGUUGCAAACAACUGAAUAAUGAACAAUAUAAAUUAAGGAUCCAACUCCACAUUUCACAACAAUUACUGGUCAAUUACUAUAAUUAUAACAUCAACUAUUACCCAAUAACUCAUAAUGACUCAUUCAUCUACUCAAAUCAUUUUAAAGAAUGCUCCUAUCAAGGAUAUUAAUUUGGAAUGGGAUCAACCAACUUCCACAUUUGAAAUUAAACAUAUUGAAUUACCAGAUUUAGAAGAUGGUCAAGUUUUAAUUAAAACUUUAUAUAUUUCCAAUGAUCCAGCUCAAAGACCAUGGAUGCAAAAAGGGUUAGAUCCAAAAAGAUCCUACGUCAAGCCAACAGUUGAUGGUGAAACCGUUAGGUCAGUUACUAUUGUCGAAAUUCUUGAAUCUAAAUCCGGAAAAUUUAAAGUUGGAGAUCUUGCUAUUGGUAGAUUAUUUUGGGCUGAUUAUGCCAUUGCUAAUGAAAAUGAGAUCUUUACCAAGAUUGAUCAAUCUCUUGGUGUUCCAAUUCCAUAUUUCAUUUCUUAUGUUGGUAUUACGGGUUUAACUGCAUAUUUUGGGUUAACUGAAAUUUUUGGUUUGAAAGUUGGUGGUGAAGCCCCUGUCAUUGCAAUUUCAGCUGCUUCAGGUGGUGUAGGAUGUGUUGCUGUUCAAUUAGCUAAGCAUGUCUUUGGAUCUGUUAAAGUUAUUGGUAUUUCUGGUACUGAUGAAAAAUGUAAAUGGGUUGAAUCCCUUGGUGCUGAUAUUUGCGUUAACUACACAAAGCCAGAUUUCCAUGAACAAUUAACUAAAGCAGUUGGAGAUGAAGGCAUUGAUCUUUAUUUUGAUAAUGUUGGUGGUGAAAUAUUAAGUUUUAUUUUAACUAAGAUAAACAAAUAUGGUAAGGUUGCUGCAUGUGGUAGUAUUUCUGGUUAUAAUGAUUAUGAGAAAAUAAAAGUUACCAAUUGGGGUGAAGUUAUUGCUCAACGUAUUACUUUAUCCGGUUUUAUUGUUAGUGAUUAUGCAGCUAAAUUUCCUGAAGCUAUUGGAACUAUUAGUCAAGCUAUUCAAACAGGAAAAGUUCAAACUUCUUCUGGAUUACAUAUUGAAGAUAUUAGUAAUGAAGAAGAUAAAAUCAAAUUAGUUCCUGGAAUUUGGAAACAAUUGUUCAGUAGUGCCAAACCAAAUGGUAAAUUACUUACUAAAUUCGCCUGAAUAAAAUAUUACUUUACAAAUUAAGAGAAAUUUGAUUGUUUUAGCCUCCUAUUUU